AUGUCAUCCACCACCAUCGUCCCUCAGACCUCCUCCUCCGCCGCCUCCAAUGGCGACCUCCCCUCCUUCACAGUCAAAGCCGGCCUGGCCCAGAUGCUCAAGGGCGGCGUGAUCAUGGACGUGGUUAAUGCGGAACAAGCCCGCAUCGCCGAGGAGGCCGGCGCCUGCGCCGUCAUGGCCCUCGAACGUGUGCCUGCCGACAUUCGUGCCCAGGGCGGCGUCGCUCGCAUGUCUGACCCGGCUUUGAUCAAAGAGAUUCAGGCCGCUGUGACCAUACCCGUCAUGGCAAAGGCCAGGAUAGGCCACUUUGUCGAGUGCCAGAUCCUUGAGGCGCUGGGAGUGGACUAUAUCGACGAGAGCGAGGUUUUGACCCCCGCGGACAACACCUUUCACGUGGAGAAGGCGGGUUUCAGAGUACCCUUCGUGUGCGGCUGCCGGAAUUUGGGUGAGGCCCUUCGACGGAUCGCCGAGGGCGCCGCCAUGAUCCGGACCAAAGGCGAGGCCGGCACCGGCGACGUCGUCGAGGCAGUCAAGCACAUGCGGACGGUCAAGAGCGACAUCGCCAAGGCCCAGGCGGCCUUGAAAGAGGGAGAGGGUGCCUUGAGAGCCCUGGCCAAGGAAAUCGGUUGCGAUGCGGCCCUCCUCAAGCAGACCGCCGAGCUCGGUCGCCUGCCCGUGGUGAACUUUGCCGCCGGCGGUAUCGCGACCCCCGCCGACGCCGCGCUCAUGAUGCAACUGGGCUGCGACGGCGUCUUUGUCGGCUCUGGCAUCUUCAAGAGCGGCAAUGCCGCCCAGCGAGCCAAGGCCAUUGUGCAGGCCACGACGCACUACCGCGACGCAAAGGUGCUGGCCCAGUGCUCCGAAGGCCUAGGCGAGGCCAUGGUGGGCAUCAACGUGAGUAGCAUGAAAGACGGCGACAAGCUGGCCGUGCGGGGAUGGUAA